CUGCAUUAUAUAGAUAAAAACACUGAGGUGUCGGUCAGCGUGUGAUGAUGAUGGUGAUGAUGAUGUCUGGUAACUCGUCUAACGCGUCUCAGCUGGCCUGGACUCCUCCCUCCUUCACUCCCGCGGCUCAGGCUCGGGUAGCGGCGACCAUGAUCCUCUUCGUCUUCGCCGCGCUCAGUAACCUAGCGCUCUUCAUCAGUGUGUGUCGCGGCCGGCGUCUGGCGUCUCACCUUCGACCCCUCGUCCUCAGCCUGGCGGCGGCCGACCUCUUGAUGACCUUCGUGGUGAUGCCGCUGGACGUGGUGUGGAACGUGACGGUGCAGUGGCUCGCGGGCGACGGCGUGUGUAAGGUCAUGUGUUUCCUGAAGCUGUUCGCCAUGCAAACCUCGGCGUUCGUGCUCGUGGUCAUCAGUGUGGACCGACACCAGGCCAUCCUGCGCCCGCUCGACUCGCUCAACGCACACCACAGGAACAGGAGGAUGCUAGUGACGGCCUGGAGCCUCAGCGCACUUAUCGCAUCACCACAGCUGUUCAUCUUCAGGACAGUGAGAGCAGAGAGCGAGGACUUCACUCAGUGUGUGACACACGGCAGCUUCCGGGAGCGCUGGCAGGAGACGGCCUACAACAUGUUCCACUUCGUCACGCUGUACGUGAUUCCCCUGCUGGUCAUGAGCUGCUGCUACACCUGCAUCCUCAUCGAGAUCAACCGGCAGCUGCACAAGAGCCAAGCGGGCGAGUCUCUCCGGCGCAGCGGCACAGACAUGAUUCCGAAGGCCAGGAUGAAGACGCUGAAGAUGACGGUGAUCAUCGUGGUGUCGUUCGUGGUGUGCUGGACGCCCUACUACCUGCUGGGCAUCUGGUACUGGUUCCAGCCGGAGAUGCUGACGGUCACGCCCGAGGCCAUCCAUCACCUGCUCUUCGUGUUCGGGAACCUGAACACCUGCUGCGACCCGGUGAUCUACGGCCUGUACACACCCUCCUUCCGCGCAGACCUCGCCCGCUGCUGCCGCACACACACACACACACACUCGCCACGCUCUCUGGACCACCGGCUCUCGGCCCGACACGAGACCGACCCGCACAAGCCCACGUAACUACAUCUCGAAAGUGAAGUUGCGCUGGUCUUUUCUUCUCUAUUGUGCGUAUAGUGAAACGCUUCUGGAACAAGAACAAUGUGGGCGGGGCUUGAUUUUGUCUGUUGGGAAUCUUGGAUGGUUGUGGUUUGCUAUAGAGACAGAGCGCAUUUAGGCCACGCCCACACGGGGGGAAACAAUCAAACCGUCUCCAUUGACUCAGUAUUGUGUGAAGCUGCCUCCUCGUCAUUUCUGACUCAUAACAAAAAUAAUAACAAACCCACAUCACUACAUCUUCCUGCUUAAAGGGGAAGUUGCGCUGGCCUUUUCUUCUCUAUUGUGUCGUAUAUCCGAGUGAAAUGCUUCUGGAACAAGAACAAAUGUAGGCGAGGCUUGAUUUUGUCUGUUGGGAAUUCACCCUUCGCAGGGAGUUUGAUUGACAGGCGAUCUGACCAAUCAUAAUCCGCCAUCUGUCGAAUCCGCCAUUUUUGUCCGACAAAGCAGUCAGGAGAGUUAGUAGAUUACGGUUGUGGACUUGAACUUGGGAAACGGUGUGUACUGACGUCUGUCCACGGUUGAAACAACAUUCCUUCUGAUGUUUAUUUAAUGCUAUAAGUGAAC